AAUCUAAAGAGAAAAAGACAGGGCGAGAAUAUUGCCUUUACAGGAAUUUGUUAAUAUGAAUACCUGUAUUUUGGUUCUGUGGUGGGCUACAUGAGGAAAUUUUAAUGAUAGUCUUGUAAAGGAUAAUGUAAAUUUCACGCCCUGUAAUUAAAAAAUUGGAAAACAAAGUAGACAUUUUCCUCAAAGGUCGCUACCUAGGAAUGGUCAAUUUGUGCCCCCACUUCAGAGCUUAGAUCACAAUCAGUCAGGCUUAGCAUUAAAUUACUUUAAUUGACUGGCAUUAAAUCGCCAUUUCGAAGUCCCAAGUUCGAAUCUUGGGGAUUGAUUAUCUAAACUGAAAUCCCUUGGGCUGCCGGGUGGGCAUGAGGUCCAAGGAACGAUUCAUGGAACCAAUCGACAGCCUCAAGAUUCAUUCAAUCCGUUGAAUGGUCGAUUACGUUUGUUUCCUGUAACAUCAUGAGUUUUACCAAGAGGGCUUAGGGCUUCUCGUUUCUGUUUCAUCGGCUGCUGAAUUUCUAUAUGUAGGCCCGCUCGUCAUCUUUUUAACAGGUCAAAAAAAGGGAGCUCAAACCCAACUUCCGCGAAAACGAAGCCUUGUCUAAAAGUUCGGGCUGGCUUGGAAAAUCUGGUAUUCUUGUAAAGCCCAUCUCUUUGAAUUUAGGUAAGGACAUAUUCAAUUCCAGUAUUUUGCAUUUUCGUUAAAGCUCCGGGGCUUCCAAGGGUUUUUUUUUUUUUGAGGUUUUUGAUAUUUCAGGAGGCUGAUAGUUCUUGGAUAUCUUAUAUUUGUUCUCUAUUUUAUAGAUAAUUUCAACAAUUUCUGUUGUUUUUAAGCUUUUGUUUUUAAAGAAACGAUCCCCUUCUGUUUGGAGAACAUCUUGAUACGCUCUGUUUUUGCCGGCGUAUUCAGUUUAUUGGAUUUCUCAGUUUUAAACGAAGAACAGUAUUAAUUCUAGGUAAGUAGUUUGUUUCUGAUGUAAAAUCCUAGCUAUUACUUAUCGGAGAAUUGUAUGUUUUGAUCGGAUUACACCUUAAAUCUUUCUUCUUUUUUUUAAAUAUAUUGCACGCUGUUCGUUUUCUCUGUACUUUCUUAUUUUUCGUUGGGUGGCCUGAAAACUGGAGAUACUAUAGGUCAUUGCCUUGAUUUUGCGUUCGUAUUAGGUCGAAAAUCCCAGUUUUCAAUCGGGAAACUUAAACAUACACAUUCACAUUUUGUGUAGUCUAGAAACUGUAUUUCAGUGGGUGGACCUAAAAGACUAACCUUCUGUUGGGAACCUUCUGAUUUUUUGUUUUGUUGUAUGUGAGAAUUUUAAGAGUCCUGUAUUUUUUUAUAGGAGUUCUAGUUGGUUUUUGUAGUGGUAUCCUCAGAAGAAUUCAAUGAAGUCAGUUGGAUCCUUCAGAGGAGGGUCAAACCGCCCUUUGUCCAAUGGAAUUAGUGGAACAUAUGAAGGGAUGCCUGAAUUGAAAGAAUGCGGUUACUACGAUGUUCAGCAAAUUCAGAUGAUUGUGCACCAAUUACUGGUUAGUUUAGCUGCUGCAAGUGUAGAGAAGGCUUCUGCCGAUCCUUUCAAACAACCCACUUCUUUUGUGGAGGACUUGAAGGUGGAAAUGUUGGAGUACCUUCAUCAGCAGGUCGAGUCUUACGCAACUGGCAGUGGGAAUUUGAGUACAAGUAGCAGGUUCCAGACCCCAGUUAAACUUGUUGGGGAUGCUCUGCAAGGCUUCCUGAGGUCUAAAAGAAGCCUGUUUAGGCGUGUUUCAAGCAAACUGCUUUCUGGGGAUGUGAAUGACAAGAAAAUUGAAGAAUUUGUCCAAGAGCUUGAAAGAACGGGGUCAUGGCUUGCAGGGAAGAGGGAAGUUGUAGCCAAGAGUUUGCUUAAAAGGGCAGACAGAAGUAGGAUGUUCCAUUGUGAUAUGAGGUUUGAUAAAAGCCAGGAGUUUGUGGAGCACAAAGCCAAGUGCCCAUUAAGGCCUAUAAUGUGCACAAAUGAAGGAUGUGUAGAAGUGCUGUCAGCUAUUCAUCAUGACGAGCACGAUGGCACAUGCUCUUUCAAGUUAUUGCCCUGCAAACAAUCUUGUGGGUCAACUGUACUGAGGAAAGACAUGGAGUUCCACUGCUCCACAACAUGCCCAAAUAAAGUGGUGCCCUGCCCUUUCAAUGAGGUUGGUUGUGAUGCUAUGCUCCCACAAGGUUCUUUGGUGCAACACUACACUGAUUUCAUUGCUUCCCAUCUUCUCUAUGUGCUUCAAUCACUGCACAAACAGGAGACUACAACUGGUAUCCAGGCACAGCGAAUUCAUCUGCUUGAGAAGACCUUAUCCAUAUCUCAGAGAUCUGAAGCAGUAGAUGUUGGUUCAAUAUCUUUGACUGUUAAAGAACAUGAAUCAAGGAUCAAGUCUCUGGAGCAAGAAGUGAGUAAGUUGCGCCAAGAACUUAAAGCUACUGAUGUCUCUGUAGAAGUAUUACAGCUGCGUCGAGAGAUAAGGAAUUUACAGAAGCAGGUUGAAAACUUGAGUCAUGGUUCUUGAGAGGUCCUUUCCUAAUGUAUGGUUAACAAAAUUCAAGGUUUCCACAAUUAGCAUCAAUGUGUUGUAGUAAGUUGCAAUAAAUAACGAUGACUGCUACCUCAAUUGGUGAUUGUUGAGUUCCUUCGAUGCACAUUAAGUAUCUAUAGUUAAUUCUGACCUUAGGAGAGAAAUUUUUUUUUUCUAAGGAGAUAAUCUCUGAUUGAUAUUGUUUGUACAUUUGUUAUACGACCAUCUUUUUUAGGUACUUUAGUGCAGCAAUAUCAUGCACGUUUCUGAAGCAUGAUAAUUGGAUGAGUUAUAAUUUUGGAUUGAGGAUAGCAUUGCUGAGAAGUCAGAGCUUGUAAUUGAUUUGCUUACUGCGAUUGAUGGUUAUAUGGAUCUAAUUGAGGAUCAUUGUGUUUAUACAUAACAAAGGACUAUAAUAUGAUUAUGAAUUUAUUUUUUA